AUGCCUUUAAAAGUAGCAAGGAGGUUAGGUUACCACAAGUACCAAGCCUACGGGAUCUCUCUUGUUAUCGCUGACAGAUCAGUGAGGCUACGUACUUGGAUGCUUGAGGACCUACCUCUAAGGAUAGGGAAUGUCGAAAUCCCUACUGACUUCAUUGUGCUUGAAAUGGAUGAAGAUACAAUGAGGAAACCCACAAUAGAAGGUCAACUCUUUUACAUUGAAGAAAUGGAUCAGUUAGCAGAUGAGCUUUUAGAAGAACUAGCCUUGGAAGACCACUUGCAAGUUGCUCUAACCAAGGAUCAAUCUGAAGGGUACCUACACACAGAAACCGAAAAGUAUUCAAGGCUGCUUGAUGCGUACAGACCAGUUCCAAGUACAUUUUUCAUUGAGAAGUUAGAUAAGACAGUAUGUGAGGUUCUAGCAGUGGACUCGACCAAGAACUCGAUCGAGUCGGGUCGCAGAUCUUCUGACUCGAUCGAGCCAGACACCGGAUGCAAGGAACAAGUUUCUGGAGACUGGUCAGAACUCAAGGCACCUAAAGUCGACCUUAAGCCUUUUCCCAAGAGCCUCAGGUAUGUGUUUCUAGGUGAAAACUCAACCUACCCUGUCAUUGUUAACUCUGAGUUGAAACCUGAACAAUUGGAUGCAUUGAUUGUUGAGUUAAGAAAGUACAUGAAGGCCAUUGGAUACACACUUGAUUAUAUCAAGGGCAUCUCUCCUGACUUAUGCAUUCAUAGGAUUCAUUUAAAUGAUGAAACAAAGUCUACCAUUGAACCUCAUAGAAGAUUGAACCCAAAUCUGAAGGAAGUAGUGAAGAAAGAGAUACUCAAACUGCUUGAUGCUGGGAUAAUCUAUUCCAACAGUGAUAGCACUUGGAUAUCUCUAGUUCACUGCGUCCCUAAGAAGGGAGGAAUCAUUGUCAUAAAGAAUGACAAAGAGGAGCUGAUCCCCACUAGAACAAUAGUGGGGCAUCGCAUGUGUCUAUUUGGAGCUUUAUGGAGCACUUGGGACGUGAGGAGCAAGGAAGGAUUGUGCAUGGAACUCAGCUCGACCGCGCAGCUCAUAAUGAAGAAAGGAACCGCCUUUGAAGCCAGCUCGAUCAACCCGCACGACCCACUGGUCGAGCUAGGCCAAACACUCAACUUUGCACUAGCUCGACCGGCCAAGACCGAACUCGAUCGAGGUACUUUUCAAGAGUCAAACCCGAAAACUGUUGCUUCCCUUUGA